GAUAAAACCGUCUUUUAACCCGGAAAAAAAUAACCGGGAACGGCAGCCGUUCCGAAACACAGAGAAAUCGGGUAAAAUGGCUUCACGCCUGAGCCGAAUCUGGCCCACCUUGUCCCGGGUUCGUUUGAGCUCGGUGCUCGGAAGUCGCUGUGUGUCACAGACGCCGAAAUCCAACGCGUCCGGCGCGGCGACGGUGUCCGAUCUGCAGCCCGUGUCUCCCGCUGCUCAGGACAUUCAUGGACACGCAGAGGUCAGCCCGUUUGAGAAGAAUCCAGAUUUCCAUGGCUUCCAUCAUCAGGACUCGUAUGUGGAUGAAUGGAACAUGAGGCUGGCAUUUUUCUUUGGCAUCUCAGUGGCCAUUGUUAUCGGAGGCACUUUCAUCCAUUACUUACCAGAUCAUGGUAUGAGGCAGUGGGCUCGCCGGGAAGCUGAGAGGUUGAUCAAACAGAGGGAAGCUUACGGUCUUCCCCUCAUGACUGAAAACUAUUACGACCCUAGCAAGAUUAUUCUUCCCUCAUCUGGAGAGGAGUAGACAAAAUUCUGUCAAUAAAUAUCCUGUUAAUUAGUGUUUGAUUGUACAUUUGACUCUCCUCAACUGUUAUAAUAAAAAUAUAUAUGUUGUAACAUAGUGGUAUGUAGUAUUUUCAAAUGGUAAUCAGUAGGUAUAACUAAUACUUGCUGAAACAGCAGAAACCAGUAAAAUUAACGUUGUGUUUGCAAACAAAUGGGCACAAUAAAGUUGGGUGCUUUUUGUAGGUUGAA